AUGCAGCACCAUGCGCCAUACGGAUAUCCCACACCUCCAGCGUCCCCGGCCUACGAUGAUAUCAAGUGUGGCAACAGCCACCAGACCUUCUCGCCGACAAGUCUCCCGUCGAGAUGCAUCCCGCUUGCUCCAGAGCAGAGACUAGGCAGAUUCCUCGAGGGGAAGCUGCAACUGACCGAGGUUCUUGGAACCGGAGCCUACGGUGUAGUGUACUCUGCCACCGACAUCAAGACGGGCAUCCGUUACGCAGUCAAGUGUCUGAGCAAGUAUAAUGCCGACGGUAGUCCUUUGGAACGUCGACAGGUUGCCUACCAGCAACGAGAAAUCAGGCUCCAUUACCUAGCUUCAGCACAUCCAAACAUCGUGUCGAUGCUCAAGAUUGUGGAUGAUCCCGAUUGCAUCUACGUCAUUUUGGAAUACUGCCCUGAGGGUGAUUUGUUCCUCAACAUCACCGAGCUUGGCCAGUAUGUGGGCAAGGACCAGCUCUCCAAGAAGGUUUUCCUCCAAAUCGUGGAUGCCGUUGAGCACUGUCAUGAGUUGGGUAUCUUCCACAGAGACCUCAAGCCCGAGAACAUUCUGGUUACAGACAAUGGCAACACUGUCAAAUUGGCCGACUUUGGCCUUGCCACUGCGGAUGAUUGCUCCGAGGACUAUGGAUGUGGAUCGACGUUUUACAUGAGCCCUGAAUGCCUCAAUCCAUCAAGUCGAAAGCGUUACUACUUGUGCGCUCCCAACGACGUCUGGUCGUUGGGGGUCAUCCUGGUAAAUUUGACUUGUGGGCGCAACCCAUGGAAACAGGCUUCCUGCCAGGACUCCACAUAUCGGGCCUACACGCGAUCCAAGGAUUUUCUCAAGACAAUUCUUCCCCUGACUGACGACUUGAACGACAUCCUGGGUAGAAUUUUCAACCCCACCCCGGAGCUGAGAAUCACUUUGGCUGAGCUGCGAUCCCGCAUCAUGGCCUGCCCGCAGUUCACUGUGCCAGCUGCCCAACCUACACCUGUUCAGCAGCAACCAGUCUCGCCGCCCAUUCCCGAAUACGUUGCCGACGAGGAUGCCGUUGUCGAUGACUAUGAAUACGACUCUCCUCUGUCGCCUGCCAGCACCACAUCUGACGAGGGAUCCCUCACCUCCAGCGGAUCCACCAUUGAUGACUUGGAUGACGAGGACUUCGCCCAGGACCAACAGGACGUCCCUGUCGCCUUUACUCCAGCGACCUUUGAGCCAGAGGAUAGCGGAGACCUAGGGAUGUACCAAGGACAAGGCAUCCCACCGGCGUUUCACGACCAAGUGGCAGUGCCUAUUCCUAUACCGCUUCCCCCUCAACCGGUGGCUUGCCAGCCAACACCACUGCCUGUUCCGGCCCCGGUACCUGUGCAAGCCCCUUGUCAGGCAAAAUCCUUCUUCCCGUUGUGGGAAGUGGUCAGAUACGUUCAACAGGUUCCCAUGAUGCAACAUCACCCAGUUGCGUUCCAGCAGGUCCCUUUUAUCCCAUCCUUCCAAGGGUGCUAUUAA